AUCUCUCGGGAGCACGGCUGGGGUCAGGUCCCAUCAUGGCGGCAGAAGAGGCGGAUGUGGAUGUCGAAGGGGACGUCAUGCCAGCGGCGGCACAGUCUGGAAGUGAUGAAAAUACAGCAUCUGUUUUACAAGAUCACUAUCUUGAUUCAUCGUGGAGAACUGAGAAUGGUCUUAUUCCUUGGACUCUGGACAGCACCAUCAGUGAAGAGAACAGAGCUGUCAUUGAAAAAAUGUUGUUGGAAGAAGAGUAUUAUUUAUCCAAAAAGUCACUUCCAGGAAAAUUCUGGCUUGAUCAAAAGGAGGAUGAUAAGAAAUACACAAAGAGUCUGCAGAAAACAGCAAAAAUCAUGGUACACUCUCCUACAAAACCAGCCAGUUACUCAGUAAAGUGGACGAUAGAAGAAAAAGAGCUGUUUGAACAAGGGCUGGCUAAAUUUGGCCGAAGGUGGACUAAAAUUGCAAAGCUAAUUGGAAGUCGCACUGUUUUACAAGUGAAGAGUUAUGCCAGACAAUACUUUAAAAAUAAGGUAAAAUUAGAUGGUCCAGAGAAGGAAACACUAAAUCAGAAGAACAGCAGUGAUUUUCAGAUGAAAAAUGAUGUUGAAGGCACAGAGGUGUGGACACCUUCAGGUUUAAGGGGACGUGCUGAUCCCAACUUGAAUGCUGUAAAAAUUGAAAAGUUAUCUGAUGAUGAAGAAGAAGAAGUAGACAUCACAGAUGAGGCAGACGAGUUGACAUCUCAAGCUCCCCCAAAGAGUCUUAGCCGUGAUCUCUUAUUAGACAUCCCUAAUAAUAAAAGACAUGCAACCAAUCAAGGGGAAUUCAUUGCUUCUGGCAGCCAGGAAGAUCCCAUUUCUAAAUCUUCCAAAGAGUGCCUUGAGAAUAUAAAGCAAGGUGCGAUGGACACACGGACAAGUGCAGGAAUUACAUUUUGGACUGAAAAUCAGAAUACCAGUGACCAAAAAUCAGUUGAGUUAAAUGUUCAGAAAUGUAAUAAACUGAUGAAAAACUGUGAUAAGCAUGAUGGAAAUGGAAUAAUAGAUGAUACCAAGCAGUUGCCUUCUCCAGAGCCUUGUGAAGUUCAGAAAGACUUGAGUGAUAAUGAAUUGCUUUUUCAUUCUUCCUGCCAAAUGGAGGAGGAGAGCCAUGAGGAAGAAGAGCUUAAGCCACCAGAACAGGAAGUAGAAAUAGAUAGAAAUAUCAUUCAAGAAGAAGAAAAACAAGCAAUUCCUGAGUUUUUUGAGGGGCGCCAAGCUAAAACACCAGAACGCUAUUUGAAAAUUAGGAAUUAUAUUUUGGAUCAGUGGGAGAUAUGCAAACCGAAAUACUUAAAUAAGACCUCAGUACGUCCUGGCCUGAAGAACUGUGGGGAUGUAAAUUGUAUUGGACGGAUUCAUACAUACCUCGAAUUGAUAGGAGCAAUCAAUUUUGGAUGUGAACAGGCUGUAUAUAACAGGCCACAACCAGUUGAUAAAGUACGAAUCAGAGACAGAAGAGACACAGUAGAAGCCUACCAGCUUGCCCAGCGUCUGCAGUCCAUGCGCACAAGGAGACGCAGGGUCCGAGACCCAUGGGGAAAUUGGUGUGAUGCAAAAGACUUAGAAGGGCAGACGUUUGAGCAUCUCUCUGCUGAGGAGUUGGCAAGAAGGAGAGAGGAGGAAAAAUGCAGACCUGGUAAAUCUUCAAAAGUGCCAAGACCAACAAAAAGCUCAUUCGAUCCCUUCCAACUGAUACCUUGUAAUUUUUUCAAUGAAGAAAAGCAGGAGCCAUUUCAGGUGAAAGUGGCUUCAGAAGCACUUUUAAUAAUGGAUUUGCAUGCUCAUGUAUCUAUGGCAGAAGUGAUUGGUCUGUUAGGAGGAAGAUACUCAGAAGUUGAUAGGAUAGUUGAAGUCUGUGCAGCAGAACCAUGUAACAGUCUGAGUACAGGACUGCAGUGUGAGAUGGAUCCUGUCUCACAGACACAAGCCUCGGAAACCUUGGCUGUCAGGGGCUAUAGUGUUAUUGGAUGGUAUCAUUCUCAUCCUGCCUUUGAUCCUAAUCCUUCCUUACGAGAUAUUGACACUCAAGCCAAAUACCAGAGUUACUUCUCCAGAGGCGGUGCAAAGUUCAUUGGAAUGAUUGUUAGUCCCUAUAAUCGAAAUAAUCCUUUACCUUAUUCUCAGAUUACCUGCCUUGUUAUAAGUGAUGAAAUUAGCGCAGAUGGCUCUUACCGUUUACCUUACAAAUUUGAAGUACAACAGAUGUUAGAAGAACCUCGGUGGGGAUUAGUAUUUGAAAAGACAAGAUGGAUAAUAGAAAAAUACAGGCUAUCCCGGAGCAGUGUCCCCAUGGAUAAAAUCUUUCGCCGGGAUUCUGACCUGACUUGUUUGCAGAAACUUUUGGAGUGUCUGAGGAAAACUCUGAGCAAAGUGACCAAUUGCUUCAUUGCUGAAGAAUUCUUGACUCAAAUAGAAAAUUUGUUCCUUUCCAAUUAUAAAAGCAAGCCAGAGAAUGGAAUGGCUGAAGAGAACACUACUGUGGGGCCCAAGGAAUUGUUAAUGUGAUGAUUUUAAACGUGUAGGCGCAAGACCCUUCGUUCUGUCAUGUGUUGAGACCGGGGCCGGAAGGAUAGAGUUGAACAGACCCACUCCUCUUUCCCAGAAGUGCACUAAUGCUGCCCCAGCCUUCUCUCCAGAACUUUCCUCCCCACGGGCAUGCCUGGGCAGCAGGGGAGACCACAGCCUCAGUGUGCAACCUGUGGGGGCCUCCUGUUCUCCAUUUACCUUCUUCCUGUUCAUCUGGUCCAAGGGAUGGGACAAGGAGGACCUGGUGUAGUCAGGCUGCCCGAGGACUGAUGCAGAAGAACCAUCCGACACGUGACCGUCUCAGGUCAUCAGCUGGCAUCCAGUUGGUGGGAUUCUCCGUAGAAAUUAAGUCAGGGUACCUGAAUUUUGUGGUCCCCUCCCACCUGUAGUCUUCUCACAGCUGGAGACUUAAGUCUGAAGUCACCCGUCAUGACAUUUAGGAACACUUCCUUCACACAAGCACAACAGAAAAAAGCACAUACAUUUGUAUCAGCAUCGUUCCAGCAGGUUAGUACAAAAUGUAGCAAAGAAAUUUGAACUGCAUCUCCAAUUUACCAAUAGUGUAAUCGUUUUCUUACAAAUUAAUACCGUAUUUUGCAGUAUUUCCAGAAAAUCACCAUGAAGAAUAUUGUAAUAUACUUGAGCUUAAUUCCUGAUCUUAAAUGUUUUUAUGUAUGCUAUUCCCCACACUCUUUUUUCAUUUACCCUGUAAUUUGUGCUUUCUGGUAUUCUCUAAAUCUUACCUUUUAAGCCACCUUAACCCUUUUUGGAACAAGAUGAAGAAUAAAUGUUAUCCCUUUAAAUCAGGUGAAAGUCAAAAUAUCCCAGAGAAGGUCUGAUUAUAUCAGGGGUCUAUAUGAAACCAACUUGGAGAAGGUAAAAAUAACUCAUGAUAUCUGGGUAGUUUUAUUUUAUUCCUUUGACUGGAUUUAUGAAUAUAUUCAUAAGAACUUUAAUUUCAGCAAAAAGUGCCAAUCUGCUAUCUUUGAGGUUUCUGUGGAGUACUCUCUUAGGAAUGAAGAAAUACUAAGUAUGAUUUUAUAGUUUGCAUUCCUGUUUCAUAGGUUACUGCAGAACAUUUGUUUGAACCUAUGAAUUAUAAAAUAGUAUAGAUUCUAGCAUGAUUUAAAAAUAGGUUAUGUAUAUCUUUAAAGUUGUGGAUUUGAUGUGUAAAUUGUAUAUAUUAUGUGUAAGUUUACUGUGAUUAUUAGUAAACCUGUUGCUGUUUUGUUGUCCCCCAAUGUUAUCAGUGUUUAUGGAUUUCUUUUAUUGCUUUGAAUUUUGGAAUAUUCUGUUAACAAAAUAUGAUUUAAAUGAUUUUAUACAUUUAAAUAUGCCAUGUUGUCUAUAUUAAAGAAUAUUGUAAAUAUUAAUGUUUGUAUAGUCAGGAAAGCUUUUCCUGAAAAUGAUUGAACCUUCCUCCCUGUACCUAACUGCGACAUAAAAAAAACUGAUUUUAAGCUUUGGGGUUUUAUCUUGUGAGAAUUAAAGGAAAACAUUCUGAAGAUUCUG